CUCAAUUCUUUGCAACAUGUGCUUUGUGCAAGAAGAGAAAUUUUAUUAAGGUAUCUAGCUAGAGAGAGAAGAGAGAUAUUUUAAUCUAGAGAGAGAUGGGAGGAUUCUCUGGUCACAAUUUGGCUUUCGUAUUUGGCCUUCUAGGCAACGCUAUCUCGUUCUUCGUGUUCCUUUCGCCACUGCCGACAUUUUACCAAAUACGCAAGAAGAAAUCCACCGAAGGAUUCCAGUCCGUUCCGUACGUGGUUGCCCUGUUCAGUGCCAUGCUGUUGAUGUACUACGCAUUUCUCAAGACCAAUGCCACCCUCCUCAUCACCAUCAACUCCUUCGGCUGCUUUAUAGAGGCUAUUUAUAUAGGAGUUUUCAUCUUUUAUGCGCCCAAGAAGAUUCAGACUGUGAAACUACUUGUGUCGAUGAUCGGAGGGUUCGGGUUGAUCCUCAUCACAACUCACUUUGUAAAAGGCCCGACACGCGUCCAAAUUGUUGGUUGGAUUUGCCUGCUUUUCUCUGUGAGCGUAUUUGCAGCACCUCUCGGCAUAUUGAAACAAGUGAUACGAACCAAGAGCGUGGAGUUCAUGCCGUUUUCUUUAUCCUUUUCUCUCACACUCAACGCGGUCAUGUGGUUCUUCUAUGGCCUUCUAAUAAACGACUAUAACAUUGCUAUUCCCAAUGUCUUGGGCUUCUUCUUUGGUGUUGUUCAGAUGUUGCUUUAUGCUUUUUAUAAGAACAAAACAAAGAAAGUUGUUAUGGAGGAGAAAAUACAACCAGCUGAACAACUGAAAAACCAAGUGAUAGUGGUGGUGGAGGAGGAGGAGAAGAAGCAGCCGCCGCCGCCGCCUGAACUAGCUGAACAAGUGAUCGACAUCGCAAAGCUCAGAGCAAUGGUUUGUCCGGUGGCCCCUUAUCCAAACGGAUGUGGCAUGACCGGAGACUUCCCGCUGGCUAGGCCAAAUAUGGAAAUUCCAGUGUCUGUCUAACUAAAAACACCGUAACGAUAUGUACCUGUGGAAAAUGUUUAGAAUGCAGUGUGAUAACGUUGCAUGCAUUCUGGUGGAGACGCGCGUCUCGUCCAAAAUGAAUGCAGCGUUAUCAGACAGUAUUCCAUACAUUUAUCUGUGAAUACUUUCUGGGUAUGUAUUUACUUUCCUUUGACGAAUUAUAUAUAUUGUUUGUGUAUCAAGCAACUAUAUAUAUUCCCCCCUUGUGUAAUUUCCAGAGUUCCCAUUUAGGACUCCUCUAGGUGUAACCCGGAUCUUUCUUUCCCUUUUUUCUCAUCGGAUAACUUCUUUUAUUUAACGUGGUUGGUCGAUUCUCUCCCUGUACCAUUGUUUCUUUUAUGAAGUGAUACCAAAUUCGAGUUAAUACAGAGUACGUGUUCUUUCGAGCUUUUAA